UUAACUUACUAACGUCAGUGUUGGGAGUGGGUCUUUGCGUUGUGAUUAUCUAUGAGUCGUGGUAUUAGCAGUGUUUAUGAAUUAUAGAGCAGUGGGUUCGAGGUCAGCUAAACAAAACGUUAGUUAGCUAAACAAAGCUAGCUCAUGUUAGCUAUUCGCUAACAUUCGUCAUCUGGCUGUCUCUAUAUAAACACGAUUCGCAUACAAAUGCAUAUUUGGUAUUUGCAAUAUUUACUCACUAUAACUACCGUAGGUGGUUAAUUAUUCACUAGUAAAAUGCAACAAAAAGCCCGAACACUAGUUUAGGCAGCGCUAGCUAACCUAGAUAACAAGUUCAGAUAUAGCUGUAUAGAUAGCUAUUCGCUAACUGCAUAACAUAAAGAGGAAACGCCUUGCUGUCCGUUUAGUUAGCUAGCCAUGGCAGCUAACGUAAACUAAAUUAACUAGUUGAGUUGUGCUUGUUAAAUUACCAAGCUGAAAACUAAGUUAACCACUCGUCGAAUAAGCCUUAAACGUGGCUAGCUGGUUAGCUAAUGGCGACGAGCACUCUUCUCGUGUGUUGGGGUUAGCUAACUAUGGCGUUGUUGGAUAGACCUUUGUUAUUGUUAGAGUGUACUUAAUCACAAUGAGACCAGAAAGUUGGGAGUUAACUUAUUGUACCUGGGUCAAUGUUUUUCAAUUUGACAUGAGAAUUAAUGUGGAUAUUUUUCCCCAUAGGUGUAUGGUAUCUUGGUUGUGAGCCUGCUUUAUAGAUGUGAAAUCAGGGCCUGGUUUCUACUGUUUUUGCAGUUUUUGCUGUGAUACUAGUCCGUUUUGUCUUUUUGCUGUUUGAGUGAACGAAGACUUAAUUAGUGUAGCUAGUUUCAGUCAGUCGAACUUUAAGGUGUCUGCAGAUAUUGUGUUGUGAAGAGAUGAUGCUGGAACAGUUUGUUUCUGUAGUAGGAACUUGUGAUUUAUUUCUUUAGCUGACCUCUUAUGCACCCCAUUUCACCCUUGUGCAGUAAGCGGUAAAAGAUGUGCUGUGUGUUUGAAGCAAAAGAGUCAAGGUAUGCCUUCAUUUUGCACAGGGAAAUUUUGCCCCGUAUAAUUGUCUGCUGUGAAGUUCCGAAACAGAUCUAGUGUGCAGACAGAUUCCUACUCAAGCCGUCACAGCUUUCCAUCCUUCUCCUGACGUUUGGCAUUUACUCAGAUGACCUGCCUGUCUUUUCUUUCCCGCUGAAACCAGCUGUAACCUCUAGGCAGGUUGCACCAUUCAGAAUGGGGUUGAAAGAUCGCCCUCAGUGCUACUUUGACGUGGAAAUCAACAGAGAGCCAGUUGGACGCAUUGUCUUUCAACUGUUCUCCGACGUUUGUCCCAAGACAAGCAAAAAUUUCCUCUGUUUAUGUACUGGUGAGAAGGGCGCUGGUAAAACUACAGGGAAAAACCUUUGUUACAAAGGCUCAACGUUCCAUCGAGUAGUUAAGAACUUCAUGGUCCAAGGGGGGGAUUUUACUGAAGGCAAUGGAAGAGGAGGAGAGUGCAUCUAUGGUGGCUAUUUUGAAGAUGAGAACUUUAUUCUCAACCACGACAGAGCUUUCCUAUUGUCCAUGGCCAACCGUGGCAAAGAUACCAACGGUUCUCAGUUUUUUAUAACAACUAAGACUGCACCACAUCUUGAUGGAGUUCAUGUGGUCUUCGGGCAGGUCAUCUCCGGCUUUGAAGUGAUCAAAAAAAUUGAGGCUUUGAAGACUGACUCAGCCAGUAGGCCCUAUGCUGACGUGAGAGUGAUUGACUGUGGACAGCUAAUCACAAAAUCCGCUAAUGAUGUACUCAAAGGCAAGAAGAGGAAACUUUUCCAUUCUGAAGACGACUCUCAAAGUUCUUCAGAGUCCUGGUCCUCCUCUGUCGAGUCUGGAAGGGAAUCCGAUGAAAAGCAUAUACACCGAAAGAAUAGAAAGAUGUCUAAGAGCAAGCCCUCAAAGAGGAGAAAUAACAGAGUGAAGAAGAGAGAGAGACGUCAUGAAAAAACAACAGACCGAGGAAGCCCUGCUGAGCAGGAGAUGGCAGAGGAAGAGGAUGGAGAGAGAGAGCAGAAUGUGAAGAGGGAGAAACCUGUGGUUCGACCGGAGGAGAUCCCACCCGUGCCAGAAAACCGCUUCCUGCUCCGGCGAGACAUGCCAGUUCAAGAAGAGGCAGCAAACACGACUGAACAGGACCUGACUGAAACCUCAAAGGAGCCUAAGCCAGCACUCACAAAGUCUGGUCGCAAGCUCAAAGGCCGUGGAAUCAUGAGGUACCACACUCCUCCUCGGUCAAAGUCCCAGUCCGAGUCUGAAGAAGAGGGAGGAAGCAGUGAAACUCCUCCACACUGGAAAGAGGAGAUGCAGAGAACAAAGACUUACCAGCCUCCCAGCACAGAGAAAUGGAGCAAAGGAGAACAAUGGGAUGACGGAAGUGAUACCCCUUGGUCAAGGUCAAGAUCUCGAGGGUGCUCUUUGGACCAGGUCUCUAACCACUCUGUUCAGCACCACCGAAGUAGGAAGGAAAAGAAAAAAAACAAACGCAAGAAGAAGGCAAAGAAACGGAAACAUUCGAAAAAACAUAAAAAAAACAAGUUCAAAGAGGUCUCGCUUUCUGAGGGAGAGAGGUCCAUGUCAUCUGAUCGGAGGUCAAGACAGUCCAGCUAUCAUGACAGGGGAACUCGCUCUCCUCCUACUUCACGCCACUCCCGUCGAACUUAUGAAUCAGGGUUAAACAGGAGGCACUCUUCAUCGCGUUCAUCCAAAGAUUCCCGAUCUUACUCUAGAUCUAGAGGUCGAUCCUAUUCUAGAAGUUGCUCAAGAUCCAAGAGUAGCUUUAAAUCCUACUCAAGGUCAAGGUGUCACUCUCUUUCCAGAUCCAGGUCACAUUCUCGCUCUAGAUCCAGAUACAGGACAAGAUCCAGGACAAGAUCUAGAUCCAGAUACAGGUCACCAUCACCACAUUAUAGAAAAAGGCACAUGUCAAGAUCUCCUGCAAGAGCAAAGCUUACUGAGAGCGGUUCACAGAAGGUAAUCAAUCCUUUACCCACCACUGCUCAAACAGUGGAGACUAAAGGUACUCCAACAGCAUCUUCUGAAGGUAUCCCUGUGCUGCCUCUGAGUGACAGCCCACCACCAUCUCGGUGGAAACCAGGGCAGAAACCAUGGAAACCUUCUUAUGUCCGCAUCCAAGAAAUCAAGGCAAAGACGGAUGUGACUUUGCGUGCUGUUGUCAGCCGAACACUGGGCAUGACUGUGGAGACAGACCCUCCAUCCACUUUGAAGGAUCAACUGGAGAAGCCCAUUUGUCAGAGGGGUACCAGUAAUAUGAAUCAGUACGGUGAUGACAUCAAGCAACCUGAGGUUCUCCUGCAAAGAGGUUCAUCCAGGAGUCAAUCAUCUAGUCAGUCAAGAAGCAGAAGUGACUCAAGGUAUCGGUCUGUGUCACCUGGCCAGCACAACAGCAGGUCUUCUACCCCCUCCUCCUCUUCCAGCAGAUCAGACUCUUAUAGUUCAUAUAAGAGAAGGUCCUCAGAAAAGAGAAGGAAGCACCAUCAUGGUUCUCACAGGAGGAGCAGAAAGAAGACCAAGAAUAUAAUACAGAGAUGUGUUAAAGAUGCAUCUCUUUCUCACUCAGAUGAUGGAACUGAUGGUCCCAUUUGCAGGCAUAGUGGUUCUGAGGUGCAAGAAAAAACAGUAGAUCCUACAUUGGAUCUUGGGUCCAAGGCAGUAAGAGCAAAAAAUCCCAGUCAAAACAAAGCCUUGGAAAUGGGUGCUGCCAAUUGUAAAACUGGAUCUGGAUGGGAAAGUGACAGUGAUAAUGUGAGCAAGCUAACCUCUGCUGAUGAGCGUAAUAAAACCCAGGUUCCCGCUAGGGUGGAAGGACUUUCUAAAAUUAAAAAGAUGCAGAUUUUGGCCCGUUGCUGGGAAUCUGAAAGUGAUUCUGAAUUGUUGCAAACAAAGAGCAAAGUUUCUGAAUCUAAACGUGUAUCAGAAAAGGAAGAGGGGGAAGCCAGCUCAGAAUCUGAAGACGAAGAACUUGUAGUUCUGUACAGUAAGCCUAUUCAAACUGUUAAGGUGUCGGAGGAAUUAAAAAGGAAUAAAGAAAAUUCUGAUGAACAUGUAAAGGCUGAAAAGCACAGGAGCAAGAAGGUCAAGCACAAGCACAAACACAAGAGGAAAAACUCAGACAGGUCACACUCUCAUAGAUUAAAGACAAAAACAAAGAAGUCCAAGAAGAAACACCUGAAGCCAAAGGAGAGGUUUCACUGGCAUCCUCCACUAGAGUUUGGUGAAGAAGGAGAGGAGGAUGCUUCUCCCAUUCCACUGAAGCAUUCGGAUCUCCCACAGCAAAGCGCUGUCAUUCAUGAACCAGCAAGACCAAUAAAAGACGUGCAGGUGAAGUCUCAAGAUUUUAAAAACAAGGAUUAUGAGAAUGCCAGCCACAAUUCCUCAAUCCCAGCCACAGAGACUUCUAAACCCAGCGAGUAUUCUGGGAAUGUGACAAAAGGCCACCAAUUAAAGUUAAAUAUGCAGACUGCAAAAAGUGAAGCACAAACUAACCAUCCACAUACAAGUUUAAGUCAGCCAAACACUACCGCACCACAUGGACAAGACCGACCAAAAGAUCAAGAUGAUAUGGAUAUAUGUACCCCAGAGCAUACCCCAGAGACCAACAUGGAACCACCAGCACAUUGUGUGGUUAACCUGCCAGCAUUGAAAAAUAUUGUUAAGAAUAGCAGUCCACUUCCACCACCUCAGAAAUGGCAAGAGGCCCCAGUUUUAACUACUCCUGUUUUAAAUCAAGUCAACCUACCAGGAGAAACUGCAUCUGGUAUAAUUGACCUACCUCUUGAUACUAAAUGGAAACCUUUAAAAGGCAUGGCUGCAGUACAGACAUUCAAUCAGGCAUCUCUUGUUAUGAGAAUAAACAGGCCCCAGGAGCAAGAAGAGGGCAAGACUCAGGGCCUUAAGAUUGAGAUCAAGAGCAAAAAUAGGGUGCGUCCAGGGUCCCUGUUUGAUGAGGUGCGGAAAACGGCUCGACUAAACCAGAGGCCCAGAAAUCAGGACAGCUCCAGCGAAGAGGACUCACCUACUGCAACAGCAGAGCAAGCCGGAUCCAGAAAGAACUCUCAGAGCAAGUCCUGUUCUGUGUCCAGUCCCAGGUCCCGACAUAAAGACAAGUCUCGCUCAUACACCCACUCUAGGAGCAGGUCCAGGAGCUCCAGCUAUUCCUCCAGGAGCUACAGUAGAAGUAGAAGCAGAAGGAGAUACAGUAGAGAACAUUCCCGUUCUCGAAGUAGCACCGACCACAGCUAUCGCAGUCAUACAUACAGUAGAAGUCGUUCCAGAAGUUGGUCCAGAGGUCGGUCAAGGUCAAGAUCCUACACUUAUGACAGUUACUCCAGCAGAAGCCGCAGCCGUAGCAGAGGAAGUCAACGGAGACGAAGUGAAAGCUCAGACCGCAGAUCUUAUCGGUCCUAUAGUCGCAGCUGGUCAAGACAUGGAAGUCGAAGCAGUCGAUACAGCUGAGAUCAGUUUGGGGAGAUAUCAUAUUACACAUUUAGACAAAUUCUGUUUCUGUUAAGCGGCUGCUGGAGCUGAAUCAACCUCCUUCAUCUUGUUUUCUAGAAAAAAAAAUUAGGAUUUGUUUCUUCUGAAAUGAAGGAAAUGUUUUUGGCCUGUACAUACUUCAGUGUGUGAUUAUACCCAUACAUGCCCAUACAUAAUGUUUAAUUAUAACAGCUUUAUUUUUUUUUAACAGAAUUGUUUUAUGUUUCAAACAUGCUACCAGUAUGAAUGUACAAAAUUUAUUUUAUGCUUCCCUACUAUUUUGAUUUACAUUUGUAUGAAAUUCAUCUUUUUUAGUUAUGAAAUGUUUUCACCUGCGUGUCCUUUUCCACCUCCCACCUGUUUUCAUGUAAAAAGGUUCAGGUCUCCAUUUUCUUGUAGGGGAAAGCAGAAACAGUUUGCUCCGUAGGAAAGAUAAGUCAUUCCCUGUUUAUAAAAAAUAAAACUAUGAGAAGGGGGCGGGGGGAAUACAUCUCUAACAUCACUGUCUGCCUGCGACCGUUAAGUGAAUUGUGUGUAUUUCUGAUCACAGAGCCUAACUUCCUCAAAGUCGCCUAUUUAUAUGGGGAUGUUUCAUCUUAUCCUGCUGUGACCUAAUAUUAAUGACUCCUGUACUGUCUAUGGGUACAAAAAUAAAAAUGUUUUUUUAAAAAAUGAAAAUCA